AAACUUCGUAAUUUACGUGUUUCGCUAUGUACGUGCUAGAUUAUUACAUAUUAUGUAAUUUGGAUUUUUUUGGUUUUGUUCUGUUGGUUCUUUGGUUUCGAUUGCUGUUUUCCUCUCUGCCAACAGACACCAACAUACGGAGAAAAGUGAAUACAAUGGCUUCGACUGAAAUCCCUGCUACUCAGAAACAAAUUGUUGUGAAGAAACUGGGUGUGAACUUCCGUGAUGUGACAAGGAUUGAGGAAGGGCCUGUACCGUCUCCUGAGAAGGAGCAGAUCUUAGUCAAGAACAAGUACGUGGGCAUCAACGCCUCGGACAUCAACUUCACCAACGGUCGCUACUUUGACCUCCAGCUGCCGUGUGCAGCUGGUAUGGAAGCGUUGGGGGAGGUGGUGAGAGUGGGAGAAAACUCCAAGUUCAAAGUUGGUCAGUAUGUAGCUUACAUGAAUCCUGGAGCUUUCGCGGAGUACACGGUGGCCGCUGAUGCUGUAUCUGCUCACGUACCUUCUCUCGAGGCUGAACAGCUAGCCAUGUUUGCCAGCGGCUUGGCCGCGGCCGUUGCGCUGGACAAGGAAGCAGAUCUGAAGGCAGGGAAGACGGUUCUAGUCACGGCGGCUGCUGGAGGGGCCGGGCAGUUUGCUGUACAGAUAGCGAAACUGGCCGGAUGUCACGUGAUUGGAACGUGCUCUACUGAACGUAAAGUCGCCUUCCUUUCUCAACUGGGUUGUGAUCGUGUUGUGAACUACACGAAAGAAAAUCUCAAUCUUGUUCUGAGUUCGGAGUACCCGCAAGGGAUCGAUGUAGUCUUCGAAUGUGUCGGGAAAGAACUUUUCGACGCCGCGCUGAAAAACCUUGCUCGCUUAGGCCGCAUCGUUGUGAUUGGUCAAAUAUCGUGCUACCCUGAAAACGAGGACAAAAACACGUUCGAGGAGCUCAAGUUUGAGUCUGAGGUCUCCAUCCCUUUGACUUUACUCGUCAAAUCGGCCAGUUUAAGAGGCAUGAUUCUCACAGACUACUUUGGUGAAAUUCAACGUUAUGUGGAUACCCUGGUGGGGCUCCGUGAGCAAGGGAUGAUCAAAGCAUUCGCAGACAGGGGCGAAGACGCUCCCAGCGGUCCUUUCGUGGGACUAGAGAAAAUUGUAGACGCUGUGGAAUAUCUGUAUUCACGAAAAAGUGUAGGAAAAGUCAUGGUUGAACUUUAAUAUGACUGAAUACUCUGAUCCAUCAUUAGUAGGCCGUGACGUCACACAAAAGUGUCAUCGACGGAACACGCGGAGCUGUCGCCAGAAUAUCCAACAUGUUGAAACCACCGGUUUGGCCUCAAGGCUUAAUUUUUUCUAGCAGUUUUUCACCAUCUUAUAUUAUAUGGUUCUACCGCCAGGCUUACCUUUCCAUUCCCAGCCGGCAGUUUGGAACAUAAGCGUAGGGCCUUUUUGUCUGAUUUAUUCAUCAUCCUCAUUUUCUCUUUAGGUAUGCCCAGGAUGGGCCAUUGUUCAAGUUUAAAGGUUCAUCAGUUGUAGGGAUGUCAAUUAACGUCUACCUGUACACCUGUUUAAAAAACAUGUC